AAGAAACAGCCCAACAUAAAGCCCAAAGGGUGAUCCGUUUCCUAAACUACGACGGCAGGCGGCUGGGUUUUUGCACCCAGUAUAUUAUGCGGGCAGUUCAAGAUUCAUUUUCCCGGCAGAUUUUAGGGUUUAAGCAGGCUUUUGCAAAAUGCCUUCAAAGAGCAAGAAGAGUUCUCAAAAAUCCUUAAAACCCUCUAAAUUUGACCAUGGCGGCAACACCCCUUCAUCGCCAUCAUCAGUAUCAUCACCGUUCAAUCCUAACCAGUAUUCAUCAGAACCAAGUGAAGAAGAGCUGCUAUUGUUGCUGGACGAAGCUUCCAAGAAGUUUCCAUCUCUUAUUUCUCAAAACGCUUUUAUUGGCAGAUUGUUGGAAAAUCCCGACGCUGCCGCAACUGAUAGGAGAGGCUGCAAAAUUUGGCUUUCGGAAUCUGCCAUGAUCUCUUCGUCCAUUUCUCCAGGCUCCCUCGUCUCGGUCUCCCUUGCUCCUUUGGAGAAAGAUCUAAGUGGCUUUUCUCUUAGCUCAUUAUCAGAUGAAUGUGCUAGGCACUUCAGGUUUUAUUUUGCUGAAAAUUUGGCUGAUGAAGCCGGAAAUUACUUUGCCAUUGCUACUGUAUUUGCUUCUUGUAAGGUUUUGAAGAAUGGAGUUCGCUUGUCUUCAAAUCUUUCAUGUACGAUGGGUUGUCCAGUUCCAGACAGGAUUGUGUUUGUUAAUCCUGUUAAGUGUCAACCCCUGACUAACAACUGGGGUAAGUCAUAUGGCCCUGUGGGCAGUUCUCUGUCAUUAGACAUCUGCAAGGAGUUACAUCUGUUACUGGUAUCUUCAAAGAAAAACUUUACCAUGGAAAGUACUGCAUCAACCGACCUUGAUAUGCUCAGGGGAACGCCAAAAUUUCAAGUUAGAAAUAGCAAGAUUUCAACCCCAAAGACACCCUUGCUUUUAGAGUCUAAACUCAGGUUUCCCCCAUCAAAUCAUGUUGAGUCAGCAUCAGAGAACAUACUCGUUAUGGAGGAAGUUUUAGGGGAUGCUGCUGCAAAGAAACUACUGCAGACCUGCAUAGCUUCGUGGUUGUGUUCACGAGUUUUUCUCUAUGGAAAUCUUGUGAUGGUUCCGGUACUUUCAGGCCUCUGUAUUUUUCAGGUUAUGGGUUCCGGUAGAUUGUCUGCAAGUAAUGAAAUUCAGCAUCUGACUGACAACACAAAUCAUAUUCUUUCUCCUCGAGCUCCAUGUAUAGAAGAUACAAAUUACGCUUUUUCUGUAGAUCAGGGGACUAAAAUUCAUUUACAACUACCAGGAAAUGCGAAAGAUAUUAUAGGAGUCAAUUUCACUAAGUUGGGAGGCCUUUCCAAAGAAUUUGCAUCUUUAAAAGAUAAUAUAAUUCGCUCAGUAGUGAAGGCUACCGAUGCCAGAUAUGGAUUCCAGCCUAUGAGGGGAGUGCUUCUUCACGGUCCUCCAGGAACAGGAAAGACUUCUCUGGCUCUAUCGUGUGCUCAUGAUGCUGGUGUUAAUCUAUUUUCUGUGAAUGGACGUGAAAUUACAGAUCAGAAACGUGGAGAUGGUGUAGAAGCAUUACUUGAUAUCUUUGAUAUAGCUAGUCAAGCUGCACCUGCUGUGGUUUUCAUUGAUGAGUUGCAUGCCAUCGCACCUGCACGAAAUGAUGGAGGAGAUGAGCUUUCCCAUAGAAUGGUUGCAGCUCUGUUUGAUUUGAUGGAUGGGAUUAACAGAACUAAUGGUAUAUUUAUUAUUGCUGCAACAAACAAGCCUGACAGUAUUGACCCUGCACUUAGACGGCCUGGAAGGCUUGACAAAGAAAUUGAAAUAGGUGUUCCAUCUCCUAUGCAACGGUAUGAAAUACUUCUGGCCCUUCUUAGUGAUGUGCGGCAUUCGCUUUUGGAUGAGGAUAUUCGGCAUCUUGCAGAGACCACUCAUGGUUUUGUUGGCGCUGAUCUGGCUGCUCUCUGUGAAACAGCAAUCAUGGUUCACCUUCAGCAAUAUGUUAACUUGGAAGUCUCUUGUGGUGAUUCAGAUUGCGAAGCAUCCACUACUGCUUGCGAUACAGAUUGCCAAACACCAACUCACUCAUGUAAUGUAUAUUCAGAUGGUGACAUAGAUGCCUCCUGUAACUUGGAAAAUACUCAGGAAAGUAAAUCGGACACAGCUUUUUCAUCCAUUUCAGAAAUGCAAAAUUCAGCGGAAAAUCUACCCCAAAUCAAAGUAAAUGGAACAUGUGAUGUAGAAGAAGACAAUUUAAGAGUGACAUUUGAAGACUUCAAGAAGGCUAGAGAGAAAGCAAAGCCGAGUGCCAUGAGAGAGGUAAAACUUGACUUCCCGAAAGUUGGAUGGGAAGAUGUUGGUGGCCAGAGUGUGGCUAAGACGGAAUUAAUGCAAACCGUUUUGUGGCCUCAAAAGCAUAAGGAUUCUAUCAAACGAAUUGGGACCCACCCUCCUUCUGGUAUAUUAUUGUUUGGUCCUCCAGGAUGCAGCAAAACUCUAUUGGCGCGAGUAGUUGCUUGUGAAGCAGGAUGGAAUUUUUAUGCAGUAAAGGGCCCUCAGCUUUAUGAUAAAUGGGUUGGUGAAUCUGAAAAGAACGUGAAGUCUUUAUUUCAAAAGGCAAGGGCAACGGCCCCAUCAAUUAUAUUUUUUGAUGAAAUAGAUGGACUUGUCACAACUCGUGGGGAAGAAGGUGAUGGGGUUUCAGUUGGUGAUCGAGUUAUAACUCAAUUACUUAAUGAACUGGAUGGCGUGCGUGAAAGAGUUGAUGUCACCAUUAUUGCUGCUACAAAUCGGCCAGAUAAGAUUGACCCUGCCCUUCUAAGACCAGGACGUUUUGAUCGACUUCUUUAUAUCGGACUACCAGAUGAAAAAGAUCGUGAGGAUAUAUUCCGUGUUCAUUUGCGCUCGAGGGCAUGUAGUUCUGAAGUAUGCAUUGAAGAACUCGCCUGUCUUACUGAAGGAUAUACUGGUGCUGAAAUAAAAAAGAUCUGCAAUGAUGCAGGUGUAGCGGCUUUGGAGGAGGAUCCAACCGAUGGUGUAAUAACAAUGGAGCAUUUGAAAGCUGUGAUACAAGAAGUCCAGCCAUCUGAUUACGAGUUUUAUGAGAAGUUAUCCACUGAGUUUCUGACACGGUUUUACUCAACUCCCUAUGAAAAAUAUUUGGCUCAUCAACCUCGCUCAAGGAAACCAAAUGAGAUAUCUUUCUGGAGCCUAAUACAAUCCACUGUGCGUUUUCUGUACCGGCUCCCAAAAACCGUUUUUCAACAGGAUUCUUCUUGAGCUGAUGGUCAUAUAAGAUAUUUCCAUGUUCUCUUCAUUAAUUUUGGGGUACCAUGUUAAUGGAUCAUUCAUUUUUGCAUUUUUUUUAGGAAAAUGUUGUGUAUUAGGACUGAGACUCUUGAGUGGGUUAUUACUUGAUUCACUUGUACAAACGACACUUAGCUGAUCUGUCCAAGGAAUGCUAGUUGUAGAUGGACAAUGCUCUUUGCAGACAUCAACUGACCAUAUUUUUGUAGAUAUAUACAAGGAUCCUUAUUCAAGAAGACGACCCUCCUUGAUAGGGCUAAAGGCUUUUUUUUCUUA